CAUCAUCCUCAUCAAUGAGUAGAGAAGAGUAGAGGUGUAGAGGAGGGCCAAAAAAAAAAAAAUCGAUCAUGGAGAGGCCAUGUGGAGCUUGCCAAGUGUGAGCAUUGCCUGCUUGGAAUUGGAAGAAUCCCAUGCGAUGUGUUCCAUUCUGAGCUAGAAAAUCUAGAAUUAUCUGCUGCUCCCAGCAUUGGCUCAUCUGCUCAAGCAAGCCACCACCAGAUUAGGCACAGUUCUGUCCUCCUCAUCCCUGCCAGUAGUGUGCCCCUAUUUCUCUCUGAAUUGAGCUAGUUUCUUUGCUUGAAUUAUUGGUCAGUUCUCUUUGGUUGCUUGUUCAGAGGCUCCAUGUACAAUUAGUUGACCUCCAAGUGAGCCAUGUUGCAGAUUACUAGCUAGCAAGAGAGUUGUAGAUCUUCUUCUUGUCAGAUUCAUUGUAGAUACAAUCAGUUUUGUUCUUCAGAUUUGCUGGUGAAAUUCCUAGCUAGAUCCAUAUCCAUCCUUAAGUGCAGAGGCCUGGAAUCUUAUCUUGAGAGGUAGCAGUAUAUCCAUCUGUAUUGUACUGGUGUCUGUUCUUUGCCAGAUUGUUGGGGCCUCGAAAAAGAUCAAAUCUUUAUCGAGUAGAGGAAGAGGUAGAGGAAGGAGGAGCAAUGGCGAUGGAGCCGACGGUGAAGGUGGCGCUGGGGACGGCGGCGUUCGGGAUCUUCUGGGUGCUGGCGGUGUUCCCGGCGGUGCCGUUCCUGCCGAUCGGGAGGACGGCGGGGUCGCUGCUGGGCGCGAUGCUGAUGGUGCUGUUCGGGGUCAUGUCGGCCGACGAGGCGUACGCGGCGGUGGACCUCCCCAUCCUGGGGCUCCUGUUCGGCACCAUGGUGGUGAGCGUCUACCUGGAGCGCGCCGACAUGUUCAAGCACCUGGGGAAGGUGCUGUCAUGGCGGAGCCAGGGCGGCAAGGACCUGCUCGUCCGCACCUGCGUCGUGGCGGCGCUGGCGUCGGCGCUCUUCACCAACGACACCUGCUGCGUGGUGCUCACGGAGUUCAUCCUCAAGAUCGCGCGGCAGAACAACCUGCCGCCGAAGCCCUUCCUCCUCGCGCUCGCCUCCAGCGCCAACAUCGGCUCCGCCGCCACGCCCAUCGGCAACCCGCAGAACCUGGUCAUCGCCGUCCAGAGCGGCAUCUCCUUCGGCCAGUUCGUCUUCGGCAUCCUCCCCGCCACCCUCGUCGGCGCCGUCGUCAACGCCGCCAUCCUCCUCUGCCUCUACUGGCGCCACCUCUCCGACGAGAAGUGCGUCGAGGUCGUCGCCCCCGUGCCCACCGACGUCGUCGAGGAGGAGGACGUCACCUCGCACCGCUUCUCGCCGGCCACCAUGUCCCACCUCCGUUCCUCCCACCACCACCACCACCAGCCAGGCUGCUCCAAGCUGGAUUCUUUGGACCACCACUCCUGCUGCGAGGUGUACGAGCCCGUCAAGCCCACCACCAACGGCGACUCCAAGGCGGACCCCGCCGUCGGGAUCCACCAGAGGCGGGGCGCCGCCGUGAGGGCGAAGGACGCGCCGUCGUUCCGGUGCGUGGAGGAGAAGGAGGCGGAGGCGAUGGAGCAGUGGAAGAGCACGCUGUGGAAGACGUGCGUCUACGUCAUCACCCUGAGCAUGCUGGUGGCGCUGCUGCUGGGUCUCAACAUGUCCUGGAGCGCCAUCACCGCCGCCCUCGCGCUCAUCGUCCUCGACUUCAAGGAUGCCCGCCCCUGCCUCGAGAAGGUUUCCUACCCACUUUUGCUCUUCUUCUGUGGGAUGUUCAUCACUGUCGACGGAUUCAACAAGACCGGCAUUCCUAGCGCGUUCUGGGAAUUCAUGGAACCCUUCGCACGGAUCGAUACACCGAGCGGGACAGUAAUCCUUGCUCUGGUUAUUCUUCUCCUCUCAAAUGUUGCAUCAAAUGUUCCAACUGUUCUCCUGCUUGGCGCUCGGGUGGCAGCAUCAGCAGCGGCCAUCUCCCCGGCCGCAGAGAAGAACGCCUGGCUCAUCCUGGCCUGGGUGAGCACGGUGGCCGGCAACCUCUCCCUCCUCGGCUCCGCCGCCAACCUCAUCGUCUGCGAGCAAGCGCGGCGGUCGGAGCAGCACGGGUACACCCUCUCCUUCUUCAGCCACCUCCAGUUCGGCUUCCCGGCGACGCUCAUCGUCACCGGAAUCGGCCUGCUGCUCAUCAGAACCAACUGAAAGAAGGGUGCAGGAACAGAUGAGCACAGGACAUGGAUCGAUGAACAUGUACAAAAAAAGGAGGAUGAAAAGAUUGUGAAUUUUCAGGUCAGGGUCGCUUGUAUCUCUGCAAAGAUUCAAUUUGUGGGAUAAGAAUUCUAUCGUUGCCUCGUAAUUAAGCACGGAUAUCAUGGUGCUUGGAGGCCUUUUGAGCUGUAAAUUUUAUUAGUUUAUAUUGGGGGAAGAAAGGAUGUACAUGUUGCAGUAGCAAGAAUCAUAAAAGUGGAAAUGUAUAUUUUUUUUUGGGUCCAGCGUUCUACUUGUAACAAUCCCAAAUAUGUUUUGAAGUCGAAUUAUUUUACAGGUAGGAGAGAAAAAAAAUGAAUGAAAUGCAUGCCAUUCUCGAUGCAGCUAAA